GAAGAAUUUUCCACGAUCGUGUGUUGUCGAUAUCACUUCGAGUACGUCAUACCCACAAAAUACCCACUGCCAUGACAUGAAGGGCGCUUGGUGAUCUUUGGGUUUAAGUCAGAGUGUUCACUCGGAAAUCAUGUCGUUGUUUGUUUCCGUUCUUUCUUGAUCACCGCCAGGAAGAUCACUUGAGUUUUGAUCAAGAGAAUUGUGGAAGACAAUUUUAUCUGAAGGACCAUGUCUUUUGAACUUACAUCAAGUGGCACAAGCCCUCCUUCUUGUAUCAGGAGAGAAAGCUUAGUGCAUUUGUUAGAGAGUUGCAAAGAUUCUUUGGAAGUUCUAGGUAAAGAACUGGGAAUUGAUACAACUCAAUGCAAGGAAGUCUGUGAGGUCCUUGAUAUUUAUGAAGAAAAUGUUGGUCAAGAACUGUCACUGGAUAAGUGGAUGGUCAUAUUUGAAAGGCUUGGUUGUUUGGUAGAAUUUAAGAUGCUUCUUGUUGAAGAUCAACUGCUUGAUGAUGUCAACACUUUAGAUGAUUGUCCUCCAAACGACUGUGAUGAUCUGGGUCAGGGAACCCUUUUCAAGGAAUCAAAGGAGUUGAGGCACCAGAAAAUUAAGGCUAAUAAUCAAUGUUCAUCCUUAACGCUUCCUGGAAGUGAGUCAAGCUUGCCAUCCAAGCCAGGAGACAAUGUAGAGGAGACUUGGAAGGCAAGCCCAGAAUUGGGUUUGCCACCUCCUCUAGAAGACGAAACAAGUACAGUACUUGUGAAAGACUCCAUAAGGGAAGCAAAAGGUGAUGAUGAAGAACACCCAUAUCUGGAUGCUGGUAAAGCUUCAGAAGGCAUGUUGUCAUCAGAUGGACAAAGCAUGCCAGAAAACAGACAGACAAUUGCAAGUGGGUUACCAGCUGUCUUUAAUUUUGAAAGCUGUGAGAUCCAGGACCUUGCAACUCAAUUCCAGGGGGCAGCUGCUGCACCAGUCCCACAUUGUAUGGAUCUGGGGGAAGAGAGCCAUGCCGCAUCACUAAUCAAUGAAGGUGAUGUUUUGAGUUCAGGUAAAUUGAGGUCAAUAUCAAAGCCAGUCAACUUUGAGGCAAUAAAUUCUCCAUCAUCAGUAGUUACAGGAUAUCAGUUCCAUCCAAAUGACCUAAAAGCUGGUAAAAUCAAUGCUGUUGAUCAAGAUAGGCAGAACCUUCAUGAAAACAGGAGAAUGUCAUGUGUUUCACCACUGUUAGCUGAGGCAAGUAGCCUAACAGCAAUCCACCAAUUUCAGGAGGCCACUCCAUCUCACACAUCAGGUACAUUUGUUACAGAAGAUAACAGGUCAUUGUCACAGAUUGAAAUAGAUCCUAGUCACCAAGCCGUCCGUGCAAGAAGUUUACCAGCUAUGCGCGCAAGGUCUGCAAUGCAGGAUUCUGUGGGCCCAUUCCACCAGGCUACCGCAACUGACACAUUUGGCACAGAUCAAGCUGAAGACAGUAGUACAUCAUCACAGAGUGACACAGAUGUGAGUUUGUCUUCAGAUGACUUAGGAACACAAUUGAGACCAUUUACUCCUCCAGUAGCAACUUCUCCUCAAAUUCAUAGAUUGCAUCCAAACAACCUGAUAGCUGGUGAAGUAAAUUUAGCUGUGAAUCAUGAGGGGGCAGUCUUAAACAGGGGAGUGUCACUUGGUGCUCAACUGUCACCAGCCAUCGGUACAAGUAUUUUACCAACUGGGUAUGCAAGUUCUGUAGUGCAGGAUCCUGUUUGCCAAAUUCACCAGGAUAUGGCUCAUGCCAUACCCAGCACAGAUGAAGAGGAAAGCAGCAGUUCAUCAUCAGAGAGUCACACAGAUGUUAGUUUACUUCUGCAUGACUCAAAUGAUUUGGGUCAAGGAACUGGUAAACAACCAUCAGAAAAUGAUGAUGCAACUCAUGAUCAGCACAUGAAUAUUCUUCAGCAGGUUCAGCCACCUUUGCAGUUAGGGGAAAUUGCUUUUUUGAUACAGAGCCUGUGGAAGAAGACUGCAAAACACGAGGCAUGCAAGCAAGACCUACAGCAUUCAAGACAGCAGUGUGCUCAGCUUCAAACAACCAUUGAUGAGUUGCAAAGAUAUCUGGAUAACAGCAACCAUCUACAACAUGAAAAUCAGCGCCUGAUAGGAAUGACUCAAGAGAUGUGUGAAUUGAAAGAUCAGGAGAUUCAGCAACUCAGACUGUUGUGCGAACAGAAAGACCAGAUUAUAGUGGAAAAUGAAAGUCACAGAGGGGAGCAGAUACAGAUGCACCAUCAAAUAGCCCAAAGACAUGAAAGUUAUCAGCAACAAGUAGAGCGCUUAGAAAGGGAACGUCAAGAACGAUCAGAAGAACUGCGACAGGCCACUGCUGAGGUCCAGCAAUUACAAGAAAGUGAGAGGUUGAGGCUUGAAAAUGAAAGGUUGUCAGACCAGAGGAUGACAGAGUUAUCAGAAGCUUUUUUUAAUUCACAAACAGACGAAGUGAAAAUAUUGGAGCGGGAACUAGACAAGGAAAAACAUAAAAGAACAGAAGCAGAGAAGACCAACAGAUGUCUGUCUGAGGAAAAUUGCCAGCUGCAGUCAAUGGUGAAUGAAUUGAUGUCAAGGCUAGCCAAACUUGUAGAAGUUCCUUGUAGUGCCCCAUCCCCUGAUACUGUGCAGGAGAAUCUUGUAUCAAGCAGCACUGACUUGACUGUACAUGUAGUAGAAGCUGAUGAUGAGAGUGACGACGAUGAAGAAGUUUUUGAGGAUGCCCUUGAUCACUUGUGAUUGGUGCAGAUCUGGAGAGAAUAUUCAAGCCCUUCCCCCCCUCCCCUGUUUCAUAGAUGGUUAGAUGUCUGAGUUCCUUUGUGUAAAUACAUGUAAGCUGUAUUUUGAACCAGUGACAUAUUGUAAUUUUUCAGGUUUGUGAGGUCAUAUGUUGUAAAAAGUAGCCAAAGGUAGUUGAAUUUUUAGCAGAGUUACUACAUUGUACAAGCAACUUCUAGUUAAUAGGUGCACUUUUUAAAAUUGUAAGGUGAAUAUUUUUAAACUUGCUGUCAAACAGUGGUGAAGGUCUAUUUUAGGUGUUACGAAGAAUAAUAUUGAGUAGUAUUCAACAAUUAGUUUUUCAUAUGAAACGUACAGUUGAUCUUUUUGUAUAUAAAGCUAAGAAGUCAGAAAAAGAUUGAAGUUUAUGCACGGUUUAGUGUCUUCAUUUGUAAUUUACCAAAGGUUUUAAAAGGUUUUCCUAAAAUAAUGUAUAUUUUUGUGGCAAUCCUUUGGUCGAAGUCUUUCUUAAUUGGAAUAUGUACAUAUGUUUUUCAUAAUAAUUUAUAUUUCCCUCUAGAUUGUAUAUUUAUGGUAGUAUUUAUAUGCUAAGGUUUUAUGAUAACUGCACUUUUCUGAAUAUAGUCUUUCAAAACACUUUUGUAGACUUUCGUACUAAGUCUAAUAAUUUAAUGAAUUCAAUUGAUUGUUAUGAGUUCGUGACUAAAGUGUGCAAGAUUUACAUUGGAUGCAAAAUUUUAUUGAAAGCUGACCACUAGAGGUGGCCAAAUGGAAUAUGAACAAAUAUUGAAUAUAUACAUUUGUAUUUACUGGUUUAUUUGUAUCUUACAAAUUCAUGACAUAAGUUUCAAUUAUUUACAUUUUACUCACAAGUUAUGGUUGAAAUAUUGAGUGUUAUUUUUACGUUGUAAAAUAAUGAGAGGAAUAAUUAAUGAUGAUAGCAAGUACUUGAGUAAUAUAUUUGUGAUGUGCAGUUGUGUGUUCGCAGCCAAUAAGUUUUCAGGUUGUCAUUCAAUUGACUGAGUGUGAGGCAAAAUGUCACUGUUUCUCUCUCUUUUGCUCGAUUUUGAGGAAAGUGAUCACAAAAAUUAAUAAUCAGGACAUCUUGGGAAGUAAACCAAAUGUGAAUAGAAAUGCAUCAUUGUACUGACUAUUGUAAUUCAGUAAAAGUAUUGGUCAAAAUGCGUGACUGCAUAUCACGAAAGUUAAUAAAUUAGUCUUACGCAUUGUGUAUUAAUAAUUAAUAGUUCAAAUUUAAAUGGUGUAAAUGACAUAAUUUAAUGUAUGAUCAAAUACAUUUGAGCAGGUGAAUGUGUCCUAGCUAGACAAAAAUCAAGCGUGUGUUAAAACAUUAAAAUAUAUUUUAGAUA